ACCCCACGGAUAACUACUUUUACCUAUUUUGUUUGCUCAAGUGCCACUCCACCCCUUCCAGAAAAUACUUUGGGUGAUUCUUUGAGAACAUCGGAGUAUCGAAUUCCUUAUAUAUAUACUUCUUGCCGUGCCUUACUAGGUGACUGCCUUGCUGCCCGCAGUGCCUCCCAGCCGAUGAUUAGGAAUGCAGCAAUCCAAGUCUUCACGAUCAAUGCCUUCUUUGACUUCCUCCUGUUCACCUCCUUAUCUUGAAACACUACCCAUUCUAAAUCAUCCGAGUUUAGCGUUGGGGGGUACCACUACCCUCACCAGCAAAUUUGGGGGUGAGGAUGGAGGGGAUCAUAAAACCUCCUCCAGCUCGAACGGAAAAACUAAACGAAAGCGGUCGAUGAUUGCUUGCAAGCACUGUAACGAGAGAAGGGUACGAUGUGAUGCCUCAACUAUUGGGUGAGUAGUCAUGUAUUCGUCCCAUCCCGGCUUUUGCUCCCCUCCCUCUUUUAGCCCUGCACAAAUACCCAAAGACCCCAAGAUUGUAUAUGUGGAGUGAGUCCCCGCGAGCGUUGGGUGGCUACGAUCCGAUCAAAUAAUGCGUAUUGCACCGCUUAGCUAGAACAAUAUCUACGAUCAGCCAGGGUGCCUCGCGCUUUGAGAGGUUCAACUAUUCUCAAGCAGAAGCCGCCGCCCCUCUCUACAACAUUUUCAUUUUUUUCUAUUCACCUCUUCCCGUAUUUCUGGAGUUUGCCGGGAAGGGAGUAUUUCAUUUUUCAUUUCAUUUUUUUCAGGGGGGCGAUCACAUUGCGCGUUUUUCUAUUGCUCGUUGCCGAUAUUGGUUCCGCUGUGAGAAGUUCCGCCACUAACACUAAUAAUUUAACAGGUUGCCUUGCUCGAACUGUCAGCAUAGCGGAAAAGGCGAAUGUCAGUUCAUUGAGUCGAAGCGUGUCAGGUGGGAUUCCCUCGUGUGACUCUGCCAUCUGUCGGGUUUGGUUCACUGAGCAAUAUACGUCAGGGGCGCGCGCGGUCGCUUCGAUCGUCAUGACGGGAAAUCUGAGGAGUCUGUAUCGCCAAACGCUGUGGAUUUUUCCCUGGGUAGACCUGAGGUUGCUGUGACGAAAAGGGGCCGUCGACAUUCUAUAUCUGGUACGGACGGAGAAGAAUGGCAACAACUUCAGCAGAAUGCUGCUAGCGAUCGCAGUAAUGGCACCGUGACAUAUUUGGGUGAAUCAUGGCACCUGGCUUGGGCGGCCGGUUCGGAAGCGAAGACCGCUCCCCUUCACAGGCCACCAUUAUGUCUAGGUGAUGAGGAAGACAUCAAUCAUCGGCUAAAUAAGGAGCUAUGGGAAAGAGGAGCAUAUAUGCUCCCUGGGAGUGAGGUCAGAGACCGUCUCAUUGCCGAGUACUUCAGGAUAUGCCACCCUUGCUAUCCUAUUCUUGACAAACGAAGGUUUCUCCACUCGGUCAAAACAAACACUUUCUCGCAUAUCCUGAUGCAGAGUGUCCUCAUGGUAGCCGCCACGCAUUGCGAUUUAUCAAUUCUUCAGAAUGCAGGAUAUAUCCGGCGACAUGAAGCAGUCGAGAUGUUCUAUAAGCGUGCAAGAAGUCUCUUUGAUGGAGAUGUGGAGCCAGACAAAAUGAUUAAUAUGCAGAGCAUGUUCCUUUUGCAAUUUUGGUGGAGGGCGCCGUCAGAUCAGAGAGAUCCAUUGUGGUGGCUUGCUGGAGCAAUAAGGUUAGCCCAGACUAUGGGAUUACACCGGAGCUCAAAGGAUAGCCCAAUGGCUACAGAUAUUAGGAGAAUCUGGAGAAGGGCUUGGUGGUGUCUAUAUGUACGUGUUUGUUAUAAACAAGGUGAACAAAUCUCCCACGCCCGAUACUGACAGCAGGUAUUAGAUUAGAGACAGACAAUGCUCUUCAUCCCUAGGCAAACCGGUGAUCAUCAGAAAUGAGGACUGUGACGUGGAAGAUUUGACCCCCGAUGACUUUGCUGAUGACGACGACGGGACCCCGCCUGAGCACAUAAUCUAUAUCAUGCAGCAGGCAUCGCUUUGCAAGAUCUGUAUGAAAAUAUCCCCGGUCCUUGAUAUGAACGAAUCCUUAAUGCUGUUUAGUGGGUGACAUGCUUCUCUUCGAGUACUGCCCAGGCGCAUUGAAAAGCAUCACUGAGAAGCCGGAGGUAGUUCGAGACCUUGCUAGGCGGUUGGAGGGAUGGAAAAGCGUUAUCCCUAGGGAACUCGAGUAUAACCCGGGUUCGAGGAAUCUUUGGGCGAUAAAAUUGCAAUUGGCUUAUCAGCAUGCACUCCUUCCGCACAUCACCGGGAAAGCUCAGGAAUACUAAUGAAUAGAUCUAGGAAUGUAUUCAUCUUGUGCCACCGCCCGCUCUCCAGUAAUCUCAACGGCCACCAUAAGAAAAUUUACGAAGGUCUUUUGACGAUGGCAGCUACUGUUGUUGGAACCGUUAUUAAAGAUCUAUUAGAAGGCUUCGGUGCAAGGUUCAUGAAUCCUUAUGAGUAUGUAUUGUCCUCGCCACUUUUUCUAUGUGAAUCGGGUUCUGAUAACUGGGCAGUAUGGGUUGUUUCUUCUGUUCCAUGACCAUACAUCUGGUCAAUAGACGCACUACCAACCCAACUCUGGCCAAGGAAGCCGAUGAGAGGCUCCAGGCGUCCCUGGUACAGAUUCGUGAAAUGGAGGAGAUUCUUCCGGUCGCUUGCUGGUUUAGAGAACGUCUGAAGCACGCAAUACAGGCAAGGGAGGAGACGUUGGCUGCUGAUGUGGAACGGAAACCAAACCCCCAGCAAUUGCAACAUCAGCAACAGCCUCAAACCCGUAACCCGUCAUCAACCCCCCCGACCCAAGUCCCUCAGUCCCAAAUAGGAACACCCCUUCCAGUCCCGUCAGUGCCCUCGCACGUCCUACCCCCCAGCACCACCGAAGCCCAACGCCACCAGCCACAGCUCUGUUCCCCAGGCCUCCAACCGAAGCAAUUCCAACCACACUACGUACCCGGCCCUGCGACCAUCUCUUCUGCCGUCCAAAUGAGACCGAUGCAAGAGACAGGAGAGGUCGCAGGCGCAAUGGUAGACGCAUGGGCUUCGAACAACUGCACCUUUGUAGGAUUAGGAGAAGUGCUAGAUCCUCAAUCGGGUAUGCUAGGCAUGGGUGGUGGUGGCGGUGGGCUCGAAGGACACACUGUUGCUGAGUUUGAUUAUCAAUGGGUUUGGGAUAGUGUUGGGGGGCUGGGGAAUACGUAUGUACAGAUGAGGUUCGGGGCGGAAUAAAAGUUUAAUAUUUCCUCCAUUUUGCUUUCAUCUUCUUUCUUUUUUUGAUCUAUCCGAGGUGUUUAUUUUUAUUUUCAUUUCUAUUUUCACACUUUGCCACUGUAUAUUGACUUACGAGUUCAACUUUAUAUGAAAGAGUUUAUUUGCCAGAGAGGGAGAUAACCGAGGGGGUUUCGGUGUUUUCCCCAAUUUCUUUGCUUCUCAUUUCCUCCUUUUUUUUUUCUUUCUUUUUUUCUUUUGACCUAAAAAUAUCUAGUGUUUGACGAUGUAGCACGUAUUGCGUCGGGUGUCUGUUUCCAACUUAUUGUGUUUCGGCCGCCGAGUGAUACCAUGUGUUUUAGACGCCGGAGGAAGACUCUUCUUCCGUGCAAUGUAUUUAUAACGGAAGUUUCACGGGGGCAAUUAUUUAACAAUGGAAGCUGCAAUGCAAGAUGG